AUGGCUUCCCAACUUCACAGCACAUCAACCCCGACUUACACUUUGGCUGAAGGUGCACCAACCAAAGACCCUGCUUCAUCGUAUAGCAUCAGCCGGCCAGGUGGGCGAGGUGGUUUGCUCCUCCUCCAAGACACUCAACUCAUCGAGACACUUGCACAUUUCGCUAGAGAGCGUAUUCCUGAGCGAGUCGUGCACGCAAAAGCUGCUGGGGCGUAUGGCCACUUCGAGGUUACCCAUGAUGUGAGCGAUAUCACGUCGGCUGCCUUUCUUGGUGCUGUUGGUACAAAAAGCCCAGUUCUAGCAAGAAUAUCAACUGUUGGACCUGAGAGAGGGUCUGCGGACACAGCUAGAGAUCCUCGAGGAUGGGGGAUUAAGAUUUACACGACUGAGGGGAAUCAGGAUUGGGUUUUUAACAACACACCUGUCUUCUUUAUCCGAGAUCCAAUUAAGUUUCCUUCGCUCAAUCGAACUCACAAGAGACACCCUCGGACGAAUAUCCCUGAUUCAACCAUGUUCUGGGAUUUUCACAACAAUAACCAAGAGGGCAUUCACGAGCUCAUGCAUCUCUUCAGCGACAGAGGUACACCAGCAUCGCUUCGACACACUGAUGCCUUCAGUGGACACACUUAUAAAUUUACAAAGCCUGACGGGUCUUUCGUGUACGUGAAAAUCCAUUUGAAGUCCGAUCAGGGCAUCAAGAACUUCACAAACGAGGAAGCGAUCAAAAUCGCAGGCGAAGAUCCCGACCACAAUGUCCGAGAUCUUUUUGAUGCUAUUGGGCGCAAAGACUACCCCACCUGGACUACUUAUUUGCAAGUUAUGAAGCCUGAGGAGGCGGAGACUUACAGAUGGAACAUUUUCGAUAUGACGAAAGUGUGGCCUCACAAGGAUUACCCCUUACGACCAUUUGGCAAGCUUACUCUGGACAGAAAUCCUCAAAACUACUUUGCAGACGUUGAGCAGGCAGCUUUCUCUCCUUCAACAAUGGUUCCUGGCAUCGAGGCGUCGGCAGACCCAAUGCUCCAAGCAAGAAUGUUCUCCUACCCCGACGCAGCCCGCUACCGCCUCGGCGUGAACUACCAACAACUGCCCACCAACCUGCCUCUCAGCCCCGUCUACUCUCCCAUGCAACGCGACGGCUUCGCUAACUUCCGUGGAAACUACGGCCCCGAUCCCAACUACGUGCGCUCCAGUCUUCGUCCUUUGAAUUAUGGGCCUGCGAAAGCCAGUCAUGACGAGUGGAUUGGGAAGAUCUCUGAGUUCUCGUCUGAGGUUACAGAUGAAGAUUUUGUGCAGCCGAAGGGGAUGUGGGAUGUUUUUGCGAAGUAUCCGGGGCAGCAGCAGAAUUUUGUGCAUAAUGUAGCGGUACAUCUGGGGUUGGCUGUUCCGGAGGUGCAGGAGAAGGCGAUUGAAGUUUUGCUCGUGUUGACAAGGACCUGGGAAGGAGAAUCAAGGAGGCUGUAG